UGUGAUAGCACCGCUGUCCCCGAAAAGUGUGUGUUGCUUACCGUGUGUUGUGUACCCGUUUUCGUUCAGCGCGAAGCUGCAUUUUCAGGAAGUACAGUAGAUGCGAUUCAGCGAGACGGUCAUUUAGCAAGUAUUGGCAUUUUUUUUACAAAGAGUAUAUUGUGUAGACAGCCAGUCUUUCAAGGUUUUCUCCUUUGUCCGUCUGAAUCAUCCUAAAACACAGGUGCAGGGGCAAGAUGAAGAACAUAACAGCAGGCCUGCUGGCCUUGUCUCUUUGUGUACUUUCUGUCUGGGCUCAGACCAUCGAGGAUGAAUUCAGCAACCCUUGCACCAUUGCAAAGACCUGUGGCCAGUGCAUCAGAACCUCCUCUAUAUGCUCAUGGUGUGGUGCAGAGGUGUACCCAAGGGGGAUGGCAAGGUGUGACAUUGUCCAAAACCUUAAACGGAACUGCACAGAUAAAGACAUUUCAAGUCCAAAGUCCACAUCGGAAACCAAAAGGAAUGAUGAGUGGACCAGUGGGGGCAAGACAAAGCCGCCUGUUCAGGUGCGCCCUCAAGAGGUUGAGUUCGUCAUCAGACCAAAUGACCCAAUGAACUUCAAGCUGCACUUCCAGCAGCAAGCUAACUACCCCGUGGAUCUGUACUUUUUGCUGGAUCUCAGCUACGGUAUGGCCCGCCAGAAAGAGGCUCAACAGAGACUGAUUGCCCUGGGAGAGGACAUGCCUGUGAGCCUGCAGAAUAUCACCAACAACUUUCGCCUGGGUUUUGGCACAUUUGUGGACAAGUUGCUGAUGCCUUACACUGCCUGGACAGACGAAAUGUUGCAGUACAGAUGCCCCCUGAAGGACAAACGUUGCAGAGAUCCUCAUGCUUUCAAGAACCAAGUCAACCUGGGAGAAAAUGCCCCCACCUUCGCUAGAAAAAUGAGAUCUGCUUUGGAGAAUGUGUCUCAAAGUCUUGACGAUGCUGAAGGUGGACUGGAGGGUCUGAUUCAAGCUUUGGAUUGUAAUAAUAUCGGAUGGAGGCAAGUUUCCAGAAGAAUCAUUGUGUACUCUUCCAACUCUCGUUUUCAUUUGGCUGGGUCUGGCAAGCUGGGUGGUGCCACCAAACAGAGCGACCUGCAGUGUGCUCUCAAUCCAGAUGGGUUGUAUGAGAACGACAAAAUAUAUGACUACCCAUCGGUGAGCCAGAUAGCAGCCAAACUGAAUGAGAAGAAGGCUAAUGUUAUCUUCGCUGUCAUGAAAAAUGUGAGCAGCCACUACUAUGGUCUGCGCUCUUUCCUCGACGGAGCUGUGGUAGGAGAGCUGGAAGAUGACUCAAAGAACAUUGUGCAGCUGAUCAGUGAAAAAUACUAUGACCUGAGGUCCCGUAUCAAGUUUCAGUCCAGCAAUGAUGACCACGUGGAAUUGAAGUUUAGAACAAAGUGCCUAGGGAAUCAGACCAAAGAAACGUCCACAUGUACAGAUCUGAAGAUUGGGGACAAAGUGGAGUUUGACGUGACUAUGACGGUGAACCCAGACAUCUGCAAAGACAAGACAGGCAUUGUGGAGAAAGUGGUCAGCCUGGAUGCUGUGGGCUUGAAUGAACAAUUGCUGGUGAAGCUGAAGAUCCGCUGCGAAUGUGAAUGUGAGAGCUCCACAAUGGAGGUACUGAACAGUGACAAGUGUUUCUUUGGUAACGGAACGCUUGAGUGUGGAAUCUGUAACUGCAAUGACGGUCGUUACGGCCGGCUGUGCGAGUGUGAUGAGACCCAGAUCUCCAGUGAAGAAGCAAUGGUGGAGUGCAGAAAAGAUGUGAACGACACAGCCACCUGCUCCGGCAAUGGUGAAUGUAUCUGCGGCGAGUGCGAGUGCUACCCGCUGGCCAAUGAUCCGGAGGAGAGAUACAGCGGAGAGUUUUGUGAGUGCAAUGACUACAGCUGUCCCAUGGACAAGAACAACAAGCUUUGUGGUGGAUCCAGGAAGGGAGUCUGUUCCUGUGGGACCUGUAACUGUCUGCCGGGCUGGUCGGGCCACGACUGCACCUGCACAACAUUAACAGAGUCUUGUAUUGCAGCUAACAAUAAAACCUGCAACGGCUUUGGAGAAUGUGAGUGUGGCGUCUGCGUCUGUGACCAGAAAUACGACAUGGUGGGACCCACGUGUGAGGAUUGCCCGACGUGCCCGAGCAAGUGCAACGAGUACAUCGACUGUGCCCAGUGUACGGGCUUUGGCACGGGCAGUCUCACCCAGGACGAGUGUGACAGUAAAUGUGGAGACUCCAAAAAGGUGGACACUCUGCCAUCUGGAGAAGGCAUCCGUAACUGUGACGGGCGGGACGUGGACGGCUGCACGUUUUACUUCACCUACACAUACACCAAAGACAACGAGGUCAUCAUCAGGGUGCAGAAUACCAAAAAAUGCCCGGAGGACGCCCCUGUGAAGGCCAUUGUUGGUGGAACCAUAGCGGCUGUGGUGCUCAUCCCACUCCUCAUCAUUUGCCUCAUCAUCUUCAUUCGCAAUCGGCGCGACGCGAAGGAGUUUGCAGAUUUCAUGAAAGAAAGAGAAAAGGCCAAGUGGGAUUCUGGAGCAAAUCCAAUUUACAAAGAUCCAAAGUCAACAUUCCAGAAUCCCACCUACAAGGGCGGAAAGAAAUAAACACACACGUUUGCCAAGACUGGCGCAGUUUUCAUUUCAAAAUGCUAUUUGAUGAUGGGAAUGUAUCCGUUCCUCUCUGUGUAAAUUUACCCCUAGUCCUGAGUCCCUUUUCAAAUCUUUUUUAAGGAAAUUUGUUGUCCCUGCUUUCAUCUCCCGUUCUGUGUGAUGACAAAGCACCAAGUUUUCAGCACAAAAUGUCUGUCCUGCAGGAAAUGAUUAAAGCCGUAGCAGUUCCCGUUAGAUGGAGUUUAUGAACAAUUCGAUCUGAUAGUGUGGGGAAUGAAAAGAAUGCAUAAGAUUGUUUGUUUUAACCCUUCCAGUUUUGACCAAAGCAUCGAUUGAUAAAAUGAAAUGUAUGAGCUGAUUUAGCUUUGCUUAGUAUAUUUCAGUGUGAGACUGAAUGAAAAGUUUUCACUUGGUGUUUUAGCUGUAUGGUAAAAUUCUUUUAUAAUAGGAAAUGAUUCUCAUAGCUUCAUCACUGUAUGGACUCUCUUUGAGUUGUGAUUGUUUAAUACAUUUUUGUUCCUUGGAGCGUAUCAUUUCAAAGGAUUUUCUAAAUGGUAUAAUAACAUACAUAAAAGUUAUAUAGACGAGAAGUAUGUAUGCAGGUUCUGAAAUGAGAAAAGGCUUGGGGAAAAAAACCCAACCUACUUUUGAGAUACCUUUUAUGUGCCCAACACUUGUUCGAUACUAGGUUUGUGCUGGCAUGGUCGGUGAAUAGCUGGGGGGGGGGAGGGGGUAGGUGGACUCGAGCUAUGACUCUUUCGAGUAAGGACCAUAAUCUCAGAGGUUUCAUGGGUUGCGGUUGUCGGAGCCUAGUGAAGGUCGAUGGAGAACAAGCCAGCUUACAUGGUUUUGCGGUCAGAAUUCUGAAUCCAUGGAAUUGAAAAACUGCUGUAUAAAUAGGGAAUGAGUACCUCCACAAAUGGUAUAAAGAUACCUCAAAGUAAAUCACCCAAUGUUAUACUUGGCUUAUAUCCCUUACAUAUACAUUUAAAAAGUCAGUUUGAUGAUUCUCCUAUUGAUUACCCUUGAGAUCUAGCAUGGAAAGAAGAUGAACUGCUUUGGAAAGUGACUUGGUACAAUUCGGAGGUCUAUGAUUGGUAUAUUUUUCCAUUAUGUGGCCAGUUGGUAUUAAGUUUUCUUUUAUAGGAGUUUUUAAUCUAUGUCAGACGUGGAUAUCGAGUUACUUUAACCAUGUCACAUCAAAAAUAUGCAUGAGUGAUUAUGUUUGUGUGCAGUGAGUUGCUUACGCGCUUGGGAGAAUUUGUUAUGUUCGGACUGUGUGGUUUUGAAAUGCCAUGCUUGUAAAAUGUACUCUGAUGAUUUUAGCUUAGUGUGGCUUGUUAUGUUAUGAUCUGGAAGACUGUGGAGUUCAAUCUCUGUUAUGAAAGUUUCUGUAUGUGUGUACUGUUGAUGGGAUCAUCAUUUAUUGCUUUGAUGUAAAAUAAAAACCAUAAAACCAAACGUGUCAGGCUAUCUAUGUGUUUCCAAGUGCUUAGCUUCACUCAAACUAUGUCUGCUUUCCCUUUAUGUAUGCCUUUCUCUCACUCACCUGCACUUGUAUAUGCAACAGUUUUUAAUUUUUGUACAAUUGUUUAUUGCAUUUAGAAAAUUAAGCUGAAAAAUGUGGGAUUACUCUUUUCAGAGUUACAUUAGAGUUCAUGCAUGUUUAUGGUUUGGCACUUUUGUGUGUGAAGGAGACAUCAGUGUAGUGUACAACGCCAGUGCCUCGUUUGUUAGAUAUUGGCAUUCUGCCAUUGAACUUCUUUGUUGGCUAGCAUUUGAGGCUGAGCAGUCACAGCCAACAGUUUGUGUGAUGUGCACUCAACCUGUCCAGGAGAUCAAAUCAUUGACGUGGAGGUUGCUAGUGUGAAAGGUAGUUCUACACCAAACACUUGUUUUUCCAUUUGUUUGUUUUUUCUAUUUUUAUAGAACAUGGUUGUGAAUGUGAAAGUUUCAAUGAACUUUGGCUCAUUUUGUGAGGUUGACUCAGGACCGUUGUGCUGUGGCUAGUGGACCAUUUUAUGCUGAGUUGUGGCUCAAUUGUUUUAUGACUGAAUGAUCAUUCUCUUUAUUUGGUUGUGCCUUUAGUUGUUUUUGUUAUUGUACAUGUUCAUAGUUUACAUUUCCCUUUUAUUAUUAUAUACGUACAUAUACAUAAAUGAAUAUAUAUAUAUAUUAUAUAAAGACUACGUUAUGAAUAUACACAAGGUUCCUUUAUCAAUUAAAAUAUCUUUACUGCCAUCUGUAAUAUGUACCGUCCAUAUGGUCAUAACACACCUCUCUGUAAGGUAAUUGGUUGUCAAAUUUCUGAGCUUAUUUAAGAUUUUUUUUUUUUCAGUUCUUCCUUUUUGUAAUGAGUUGUUAUCACACCCUGUGUAUCAAUUGCCAUCACACUAGUGUAAUGUCUUACUGUGGUUCAGGGACAAAGAGGGGAUUCCUACAACAAGACCUUUGUUCAGCUGUAGAUUAUAGUAAUUUAAGGUUCUUGCAUCAUUCCGCAAGCUGAGUGCUGAGGUUGUGAUGAUGUUUUGGGGGGAGAGGAGGGGAAGGGAAGGAAGGAGAGUGAGAGUAAGAGGAAGACGACUGUCUAUUUGGAUAGCUUAUCUUUUUGCUCUCCUGCAGCUUCACCAUAUUAUGCCUCUCCGUACUCUCUCCUUUUGUUUUCCUUCUUUUUUUGCGUUUGAAUAUCUGAGUUGGCUGAGCUUGACGGCGGUACUUACAUGACACAAAGUAACUUUUGUGCACUAGAUUCUUUCAUGGCCAGCUGUGGUACAUAUCACACCUUUUGGUAGUCUUACUGUAUGUCUUAUGAUAAUAAUGGAAUUUGCAUUAUAACCGUUUCCAUCAUUUCCUGAAUGUAUGCACACUCCAACCCUCCCCCCACCCCCACGAUUUACAUUGUGCAUGUUGCUGGUUGUAGUGAAAGAAGUGUGAGUGAGAGCUGAGUGAGGAAUGUCUUACACUUCUGGUGCCGUGUAAAAUGCCAGCAAAGUUAUUGGGCUUGUAUGAACCAGAUUUUUUAAAAUAUUUUUUGGACUGGUUGAUUGAUCUUAUUUCUGAUAAUGAUAGCGCAUGCACAUCCACUGUUCUCUUCAUUUCUAUCUCUGCAGAUGUUUUUGCAUUCUUUUGGUGCCCAGUUUUACUUUGACUAUACAUAACAAAGAUUAAUUAGUCUUCCUGAUGAUUGUCUUUGGUGUUUUCUUGUGGCUGUGUAGCAGUUGCCUUUUCUUGUUUUUUGCUAUUCGAGCAUUAAUCAAUAGAAUUCAACUUUAAAUGAAAUGUCUGGUAGGGAUCUGGUCUUUUUGUCUUUUAAACGUUUGAUUUGCUGUCUUUUUAGUAGUAAGUCUUUCUUCACCUUACACUCAGACGACAUUCGUUUACUUCCCAUGUGGAGAAGGUCCGCUAUAUCCCACAGAGAAUGCCUCCUAUCAUAAGUCAUGCCGAUGGAGGCUUAAAUUAUAAGACAGUUACUGUCACUAUGAAUACUGUCAUUUUGAAGGCCUUGCUCAGUAGAUGAAUUGUGGGCUUGGUGUAUGAUAUGUGUCAUCUGUGAACAUUAUCAUUCUACCCACUCCACAUACACUGACACUAGAGAUCUCUAACACAGGUCAGUAGUUUCUUGUUAAUUCUUUUAUGUUAAAUAUUUGUGUUGUUUCGUAAUGAUUUUUACUAGCUUUACAUGUUGCACUUUUUUUUCCACUGAAAGGAAUUUGUUAGUACCAGCACAAAAAGAUAUGUUGUUCAAUUUGAAAGGACCAAUCAUUUGCUGUGUACAUCCAAAUGUGACAAUGGUGAACAAUAGCGCCUUCAACAAAGUAAUGAAGUGUACCAUUAGUGUUUUAAAAUGAGAAUUCUCCUUUGAGAUAGAGCUUCAUAGCAUGCUCUGCUUAUAUGUAAACCUUUGACUGUCAUUUUGCUACCUAUACAUCGUUAUAAUGUGCUGGAAUACUGGAUGUGCUCCAGGGACAGUUUUGUGUGCCUACCUGCACUGCUUUAGUCAACGUUAUCUUUUGGUGCUUAUGUUCAUGUUCUGUUUGUUUUUUCUGGUAAGUUCUUCCACAAGUAUAGACUUGGUCUCUGACAAGAAUGUUUUGGUAGUAAUAAACAACUCAAAGAAUAGAAUCUGAAACUUAAGGUAUAUAUGCACUCACUGAGGGAAAAAAAAACACACUAGAAUUUUUUUGGCAGAAAAGAAAAUAGGGAGAAUUUUUGUGUGAAAGUGUGACAAUAGUGCCGGAGAAAGGAAUUUUAUUGUUCAAGCACAGAGGUCAAAAGGUGACAGAUAGAAAGACAUCUACCAUUAAUAAUACUCAGAAGAGGAUAGGUUUCAUGUAAUGUACAUUUUACAAGUUUCAGUUUAAGAUUUCCUUUUUUUGAAUAUUGGCCUAAAUGAAAAUGAUAUGCAUUUAAAUCAUAUAUCUCCGAUUCCGAUUGCCAUAAAUUUCUGUUCAUUUGGGUCUCAGGAGCUUUCAAUUUGCAAAGAAUGUUGUUGUGAUUUUCAAGACGAAUUCUUUAAUGCAAGUAUCGCUGGUCCUUAAAAGUUUUUAGAGGCUUACAUCACAGAUAUGAUCAUGGCAUCACAUACAACAAAGUAUAAGGUACUUUCGUCUCUGUAUCAGUGAAGACAAGUUGAGAACAUAGAGGAAUGCAGGGGAUUUUUGCAGUUGAUAUGUGCAAGGAAAGGUCACCAAUUUGGGCAUUCAAACAGUAUAUUUUUUUUUCAGUACGCUCAACACUAGAAUUUUAUUAUCCGUAAAGUUGUUUACAUGUUUUUUAAUGUGAUAAUCUGAUUGUUCUUUCGAAUAUUAAUCCAUAUCUAAGCAAUUCUUGAAUGAAGACAUCUUCAAUUUUUUUCAUUGUUGCAAUUGCAGCAAAAGUUAAAUGUGUCGUUUAUAAUUAUAUAUAUAUAUAUUUAUAUAUAGUGAUGCACAGAUAACUUGAACACGUAAAACUCGAAAUCACUGAUAGUUUGUACAAUUUGCCAUUCCCGCACUGAUAUCUCUUUAAUUUUUCCCCAUGCGGUUUCCAACACAUUUGUCAGUCCCCAACAUGUUCGAGUUGUCUGUAUCCGACUGUUACUUUUGUAACUUCAACUGAAAGGCAGAAUUUUUUUAAAGCCCAUUGGGUAUAUUGAGAUGGUAUCCUGCUUUAUGUUCAGAAGAGGAGUUGAAAAUUUGUAGGGCCUACAGGUCUUCCCUCUGUUCACGGAACAGUUUCAGAAAGGUGAGUGAGGAUUAGAGUAAGUCAACGACCUACCUGUUAUGUAAUUGUAUCGUGCCGUCUUAGAGCUUGGCGGAUAGCAGCGUCAUUUCACAAUAUCAGAGGUGCCGAUUUUUCAAAUAAACCGGGUAAUCCAGAUUUCUGAAAUUGUCCUCAUCUCAUACUGCACUUUACGUUAAAAAAUAGUCUUGACACAAGAUGUAUUAGUCAAUAUAAUUGGUAAAUUUGAAGUCCCAGCAUGACCAUGGGGUCCAAAAAGUGCAGGAUUUUUUUUUGUUGAUUUGUAGCUAGUUGGCACCUCUGACAGCAUGCUCCAUACCCAUUCAUUCCAUAUCUUUCUCAGCUGCAGUAUAUUAUUACACAUUUGUAUUUGCUGUUCUAUCUCCUUGUUAUUACUGAAUACAUUAACGUUCAACAUGUACCUUUGUAUUGACCAAUGUAUGAUAAUUGACCUGUGUGCUGAUCUUGCACAGUAGGCCUAUUCCUAUUGAUCACACCCGCUUUGUUUUUUUGUACCAGAUGUUAUUUCCUUCAUUCGCCUCCUGUAUUCUGUUGGUGCGUGUAUACUAUAGGCCACCUCAAGCUUUCAUUUGUAAUGCACAAAAAAUAAUUUGUCGUUUGAUUCAUCUCCAUUAGAGCUGAUGGAUGUAGCCUUUUCUGUCACAUUCAGGUUGCAGUAGUUGUUGGAUGUGUAAUUCCAGUAGGAUAGGGCGUCUCUCAAAAUUUGGUCGACAGAGACGGCUUUUUCAUUUCGUGAUCUGAAAGAGGGCCAUAUAAAAUUCAUCCAGAUUUUUUAAUUCUGAGGCUCUAUAGGUUUUUGAUUGUGUGACAAAAAUGUUAAUUAUAUAUAUAUAUUAGUUGUAUUGGACCACUUCUCCCACCAAGUCAAGGGACCUUUGAGCUCACAGUCCGUCUUCACCACUAAAGUACUGAACGCCCACAUUUUGAAGAGUCAUAGGACUAAAUAACGUUGAAUUAGAAUAGAAAUCACGGAAGCUGUGGUUAUUAGUCUAAACUAUGAUCCUGGCGUAUGCUCAUUGAGAGAAAGUUAAUGCUUGUACCAUGUAGCAGGUUUAUAUUUGACAGUGUUUAGCAGAUAAAUAAUUACAGAAUGUAGGCUACUAUUGACCACAUCUACAACAGUUCUUGUUGUAGUGAUAAAGUUGAAGUCGUCUUGGAGUAGACUACAUUUUUCAUAUAGAUACAAGUGAAAGUGAUAAAUAAGAUACUUCUUAGCCGCAGGUUGUGAAUGGGCAGCUGGAUGAAAUGAGUUGCAUGUAGAUCUAUAUUUCAUCUUUUCCCAAGCCCAUUAUAUUAUGAUGUACAUAGACCUCUAGGCAUACCCUCAUAACUGUUUUGUAUUGAGCAAAAGGUAGGCCUUGCAUUUUGCAAAGAGAUUUCUCAAACUUUAUCCUUUGAUUUUAAUAGAACUUUGUUGAUAGAAACUUGAGUUUCCUGUAGUGUUGUCUGCCAUUAGUGGUAUUGUGUUUGUGCUUACUUUAUAUCUUAUUUCUUUAACUGGUCCAGAGUUCAAGAGUUGGGCAUUUUUUUAGAUUUUAUUUUUGUUUUUCAAACCUCUUAGUUUUGGGCUUUGUAUUGCUUUUUUGUGUUAUUUAUACAUAAUUUUAGUUACAUUUUUUUCUCAAGUUUUUCAGGUAAUGUAAAACUGCUACAAUUAGUACUAGUGCUAGUGAAUCAGGUUCCUAUUGCAUUGAAUUCAUCGUCUCGUGAUUCUCCUCAUGUGUCUUGAGUCGUCAUUCCGGUCGCUGCCUUUGUUCACAGUAAUGUGUUACUAAAUAAACCAAUACUGCUACUCUUCAUGAUCA